UAUUCACGGUAUUCUAAUUAACGAAAAAAUUUGUCGUCUAAUAAAAUCGUGUUCCUGUUUUAAAUAUAAAAAUUGCUUUAUCGAAGCGAAUUCGCUUCAAUUGAAGUAAAGAUAUUUUAAUUCGGAAAACAGGCAAAAAUAGCCUUAGAAAUGGAAGAUAAUGAUAUGCGAUAUUGAAAGCAAAUCUAUUAAGUUUAUGUGCGAACCCGUUUUUAACUAUAAAACAAAUCAAAUAUAGAUUAAAUGCAGCAAUAAUUCACAUAAAAUUUAUUAAUAAUUCAUUGCGAAGAUGCAAUAAUAAGAAAUCUUAGUUCGGUUAUUUUUCAUCUGUACUUAAUUCCAAGUAAAUCCUACCCGUCAAAAUACUUGGAAUUUUCUCUCUAUGAAUUAAAUAAAUUAUCGUCUUCCCAUUAACAUAUAAAUUGAAGCUCUGUUGUGAAUAACAUCAUCCAUCAUCAAUAUCAUCGAUCGAGUCAAUUUAAUACAAUAUAAAACGAGAACGAACAAGUGAAGCAAGGAGAAGCGCAAAAGAAGCAUCAUUGAUGGCUCAAUUACCAGUUAAUAAACGAUCUCAUGCCAGUUUGUCGCAGCAAUUGAGUCAUAGUGCUGAACAAGCCUACAAAAGUGAAGUCAAUCGCAUCGCAUCGUCGUCAUCAACACUGUCGACGGUGUCCAGCGAAAGGAGGAGGCCCAUGCUACGCAAAUCAUUAUCAACACCGUCUCUUCGGUUUAUUGAAGAUUCUAAUGUUAGCGUCAAAACAUCCUCCUUAAUUGACGACCAAUACCAUCAAAGAGCAAAAGAAGACGAUCAAAAAACCAAUUCAAGUGAAAAUGCUCCCAUGCAAGCUGACGGUUGUGUCCACUAUAAGAGGUUUUGCUUGUUUGUGACGCCUUGCUGUAAAAAAUUUUACAAAUGUCGUUUCUGCCACGAUGAAAACGAAUCUCAUCAUUUCGAUCGCAAGACCCUAACGGAACUGAUCUGCGCUGAGUGCAAUGCGCGACAAAAAGUCCAAGAACGUUGUCAAAAUUGUGGGACCCUAUUCGGAAAGUACACGUGUUUGAUUUGCAACUUGUUCGAUGACUUGGACAAACAACAAUAUCAUUGCGCUGAAUGUGGCAUCUGCCGUAUUGGAGGAAGAGAAAAUUUCUUUCAUUGCAAAGUCUGCAAUAUGUGCUUACCCAUGCAAAUGAAGACUCAAGGACAUAGGUGUAUUGAAAACAUAUCGCGAUCUCAUUGCCCCGUAUGUUUGGGUGACAUACAUACUUCACGUAUACCGUGCCAUAUACCCUACUGUGGUCAUUUGCUGCAUGGAACAUGCUUCGAUCAAUUGCUCGAAUUCGGCCAUUACACUUGCCCCGUGUGUCAAAUGUCGCUAAUCGAUAUGACAACCCUGUGGGAAUAUUUAGAUAUUCAAGCAAAGUUAAUACCAACGCCGGAGAAAUAUGAAAAAGAAAGAUUUCACAUAUUCUGCAAUGAUUGCCACAAGACUUCAAAGGCCAAAUUUCACUUUAUUGGUUUAAAAUGUUGUUACUGUGGAGCUUACAACACAACACAAAACGUUCAAAAACGCCUUUCCUUAGUCGCAGCAUAUGAUUUUUUCCUCCACUUUUCCUAUCAGAUGGACGAAGCACGGCUUGACGGCGUAUAAGAAUUGCAUUUAUUUUAUGAACACUUAUUUAUUGAGAUAAGAAAUAAUUUUUCGAAG